AUGUCAAAAGGCAAAAUAACCUCACUUAAGACAUGGGCUCAGGAAGUAGUUAUUUGUGAUGAAUGUGACAAAACACCUGCGAAUCAAUUUUGUAACAGCUGCCAAGUCAAACUUUGUGGGAACUGUAUCAAUGAACAUGCCAAGCUACUUUCGCAUGACAUUGUUCAUUAUACAAAAAGAAAUGAAAAAAUGGUCAGCCAGCAAUGUGAAUUACACCCAGGUCAGAAAUUCCAGGCAGUCUGUCAACAAUGUGAUGUCCUGGUUUGCAUAAAAUGCAUCAUUACUUCGCACAAAGGCCACGAAAUCGAUGAAAUUCCAGCCAAAUACUAUGAUAACAGAAAGAAAAUUAUGCAAGAAUCAGAAGAACUUCAGGAGCAGCUGAAUUUACAAGGGCAGCGAAGUGAUGCACGAAAAUCAAAUCUUUCAAAAUUAACAGUAGAUUUUGAAAAUCUUGAAACAGAAUUAGAAAAACAUAGAAAGUGCUGGCAAGAGGAAGUAGACGGAAUUUUUGAUAAACACAAGAGUUUGAUUAGGUCCACAAAGGACAAGGCGAUGAUAACCUAUUUCACACAAGAGCAAGAUCUGAAACGAAGAAACGAAAGAAAACUUCAAACAAUAAAAGAAAACAAAGAAAUUCUGAGGUCCAAAACAGUCUCCAAAAUUGUCGACUACAUAUCAAAGCUUCAGGAAUAUAAAGCUAUACCUAAUCUGAAUGAUGUAGCCGUACCUUCCUUAAAAGUGAAGACAGACCGAGGUAAAGAACUCAGCAUAGAAUUUGGGGACCACAGGGCUACAUUGGCACAGACAUUACACGUCAAAUUGACGAAAGCUGUUCCUGAGUUUCAUUCGACAGCAAUGUUUUCAAGAGGCAGAAUUAUUGCUAAUAUCCAGCCUUCAGCGAAGUGCAAAUAUCUUGAUGCAGUAGCCUGUGUCGGAUCUGAUGAAGCAUGGCUUGGUUGUGGAAGCGAAUUCAUUUUACGCUUGGACAUACGUGGGUCUGAAAAGGCGUCUGUCAAAAUUACGAACGAUCCGGCUGACAUCUCGGUAACUCAACAAGGGGAACUGAUAUACACUGAUAGAAAUAGUGUUAUGAUUGUUAGAGCUGGUAUGACAGAAACUUUGAUAAAAGCUCCUGAAUGCUGGAAGCCGUGGGGGCUUUGCUGCACCGAUUCAGGUGAUAUCCUUGUCAACAUGGUUACUGACAAUGCUAUUCAUGAUCACAAAAUAGUUCGUUAUACUGGGCUGAAAGCUAUACAGGAAAUAGAGAAUGAUUCUGAUGGAAAUCCUAUUUUUCAAAGGGGAAACUUUAUCAUAUAUUUAGCUGAAAAUAAAAACGGGGACAUUUGUGCCUCCGAUGGAAAUGCAAAGAAAGUGGUUGUGAUGGCUGCAACAGGGGCAGUCAGAUUUAGGUAUGAUGGCGAUCAAGCCAAAAGGAAGAAAUAUUUCUCUCCAGAACAAAUAGCUACUGAUUCCAGGAGUCAGAUCAUUGUGACAGAUCACAACAAUGAUUGUAUACAUAUACUUGAUCAGAAUGGACAGUUCUUACAGUGUGUGGACGACUGUGGAUUAGAUACACCAGGAGGUUUAAGUGUAGACAGUAAGGGAAGAUGCUGGGUUGGGUUGCAUUCUGGAAAAUUGAAAGUGAUCUCAUUAAACAUGUAG